AUGGCUACCCCUAGUGUCCUCGCUUUUGACGCUGAGGGUCGGGCCAUUGACUUUGACGUCUGGAUAGAUGACCUGCAGCUUUUCUUACAGUGCGAUAGGGCGGACGGUCUCUCUCUCUUUGACGUCACCUCUGGUGCCUCUCCUGCCCCUGUUCCUGAUGCUGACGCCACUGUCCGUUCACAGUUGGCCACGCGCGAUGCUGCUGCACGUCUUGCUGUGCGUCGCCACCUGCCUACCUCUGAGCUCGCUGACCUCAUUACGCACCUCCGCACUAGUGACACUCGCUACCGCGCUGCGCUUCCUGCUGAGUUCUGCGCCAAGAACCCCCCCCCCAUGUACAUCACUCUCUUUUACAUAGUCACCCGCCUCCCAAACUCCCUUCGCGUAGUCAGGGACCACUUUCUCUCAGUCUGUCCCACCACUCUCACUGUUGACCUCCUCGAGAAGGCCUUCCUAGCAGCGGAGAAGGGCAUAGUUGCUGUAGGGGCCUCUCGUGGUGACCCGCGCACCCCCAUCUUUGAGGGGUGUUCCCCCUCCCCUCUUUUGCCCUCUGUUGCCUCUGUUGCUGCCGCCAACCUCGUUGGGGCGCUGGAGGAGCUAGCGGGGGCGGUGAAGGCGGCGGUGGAGGCAGUGGAGGGGGUGGGGGUUGUGGUGGGAGUGGAGGCGGGGGUGGAGGUGUCGGCGGCGGCAGUGGAGGCGGAGGCGGCAGCGGCGGUGGCGGUGGGAGCGGAGGUGGUGGAGGUGGCGGAGGUGGAGGAAGCGGUGGCGGAGGAGGAGGAGGAGGAGGUCGUGGCUCUUUGCAGAGGAGUGGCUCCGGUGGUGCGGGGUGGGGGUACUGGUCCGUGCACCUACGUCCUGCGCACCGGCGACCGUGCGGGUGAGCAGUGUGGGAGUGCGCACCCUACCCAGCGCUGCUUUGGCCGCCUGACGGACGCUUGGCGUCACCAGUUCCCUGAGGCCACUGAGAUCCCUCGCUGGGGCGAGCUGACUAGGGCAGGGGUAGCUAUAUUUGACCUUGACUUUGAUGCUAUUCUUGCUGCUACACACUGA